CAUUGAACAUUAACUUACCGAUGAUAUAAAAGGGGGCACAGUAGUCCUCAACUCUUACUUAGUAAAAAUGAAACUGCUGUUCGUGGUGACUUUCCUGGGAAUUUCAAGAGCUCAGUACAAUCCAAAUGUACUACCAGGCCGAACGUCUAUAGUUCAUUUGUUUGAGUGGCGUUGGGGAGAUAUUGCAGCUGAAUGUGAACGUUACCUAGCACCAAACGGAUUUGGUGGUGUUCAAGUUUCUCCACCAACGGAAAAUGUUAUCAUCACAAGUCCAUGGAGACCAUGGUAUGAACGAUAUCAACCAAUCAGCUACAAAUUAUGUUCAAGAUCUGGGAAUGAAGAAGAAUUUAGGGACAUGAUUAACCGGUGCAACAAUGUUGGAGUGUAUAUUUACGUAGAUGUAGUGAUAAAUCAUAUGUGUGGAUCAGGUAUACCAGCUGGUACCAAUUCAACCUGUGGCAGUUUCUUUAGCCCUGGAACUAGAGAAUUCCCAGCUGUUCCAUAUUCUGCAUGGGACUUCAAUGAUGGUAAAUGCCAAACAGGAAGUGGUGGUAUUGAGAACUAUGGAGAUGCACAUCAGGUUCGAGACUGUCGUCUUGUAUCCCUCUUAGAUCUAGCACAAGAAAAGGAAUAUGUGCGUGGGAAGAUAGCUGACUACCUGAACUACCUGAUUGACAUUGGUGUUGCAGGAUUUAGAGUUGAUGCUUCUAAGCAUAUGUGGCCAGGAGACUUGCAGGCGAUAUAUAGCAGAUUAAAGAAUUUGAAUACUAGUUGGUUUGCUGAGGAUGCAAAAGCUUUCAUUUUCCAAGAGGUUAUAGAUCUUGGCGGGGAGGCGAUACCUGCAAGUGAUUAUUUUGGACUUGGCCGUGUAACAGAAUUCAAAUAUGGUGCUAAACUAGGCAAUGUUGUUCGCAAGUGGUUUGGUGAAAAGAUGGUAUACCUAAAGAGCUGGGGAGAAGGUUGGUCAUUUAUGCCAUCAAAGUAUGCCUUAGUAUUUGUUGACAAUCAUGACACACAAAGAGGUCAUGGUCCUGGUGGGGCAUCCAUACUGACUUUCUGGGAUGCAAGGCUAUACAAAGUGGCAGUUGGCUUUAUGCUUGCACAUCCAUAUGGCUUUACACGUGUAAUGUCAAGUUUUCACUGGCCAAGAUAUUUUGAAAAUGGAAAGGACAUCAAUGACUGGGUAGGACCACCAAGCAAUGCAAAUGGUUCAACCAAACCUGUUACAGUUAAUUCUGACACAACCUGUGGCAAUGAUUGGAUCUGUGAGCACAGAUGGCGACAGAUAAGAAAUAUGGUAACAUUUCGUAAUGUGGUUGAUGGUGAACCAUUCACUAACUGGUGGGACAAUGGCAGCAACCAAAUUGCUUUUAGCCGUGGAAACAAAGGGUUCAUUAUCUUUAACAAUGAUGACUGGUGCAUGGAUGUUACACUUUUUACAGGACUCCCUGCUGGCACUUAUUGUGAUGUUAUUUCUGGUCAAAAAGAGGACAGCCAGUGUAGUGGAAUUCAGAUUCAAGUGGGCAGUGAUGGAAGAGCAAAUUUUAAGAUUGUUAAUACUGCUGAUGAUCCUUUUAUAGCAAUACAUAUACAAGACAAAUUGUAAUUGUGCUAAGAAUGUAGUAAUGCACUUAGUAUAUCUGUAUGCUGCAUGCUAAUUAUUCAGUCUAUGUUCAGAAAAAUAUCAUUUUGCAUCCUUAGGAAUAAUAAGUCAGCUUUUUAUGAAUAUGAUAUUAGAUGAUGUGGAGAAAAGCUGUUUGGUUGGAAGUAUGUUGAAAUGGGUCUUUGUCAUAACAACGAAAGAUUAAAAUCUCGAGCGCUGGAAACAGAAAUUCCAUAAUAUCGAAACCUUUAUUGUGGGGGGCUGCACCCACCACAUACACACCCCUGCUAAUUAUAUAUACAAACUCUGAGAUCACACUACAGUGAGGAAAGGGCAAAUUUCCUGAUCAUCACUGUUUUGCGAUCUCACAAAACACACAUUGAUAUACUGCAUUUUCGAUGUUUUCAGCGCUCGGGAUUUUAAUUUUUCGUUCAUCUGACAGGGACCCCAUUGAAAUGACUACGAGCACCCAUAAACAUUAGGAGAACAUUUUUAGAAAACAAUAAUGCAGACCUGAUUAAUGGCUGUACUACAUGUUUAAAUAUUCAGUUGAUUUAGGUGUUAUUGUCUAUCUGUUUAUAAAAAUAAACAUUCCUCUGCAUUCUCA